AUGGUUGGGACGCGCAGUAGCGCUCCGCGUGAGGAUGCCGCGGCGCUUCCUGAGUCUGAACGCGGCAUGAAGCACUUCCGGCUCAUAUGGCCUGAAUUCAAGAAACGAGGAUGGACCUCCAAGCCGCCCCCUUCUCGCGGGAUUGAAACGCGAUGGAAGUACAUCUUGCGUGACGGCAAUGCUAACGGCACUAUUGGGAUCGACUACGUCCUAGGAGAGCAAGCUGUGGUGGACCACGCUACGAAUAGUAAGUGGUUCGGCAGCAAGCUGUUGAUCGGGUCCGCGCAGCUAAUGCCGCCAAAGCGACACCAGAAGAACGUCCAUCGAGUACCGAGCGUCAUCUUCCAAGUUUCCAGCAAGAAGGUCCAAGUCUCCUGCACGAAGGUCCAAGUCCGCUGCGAACUUGACCACAAGUGCGUCUCCGGCAAGCGCAUCCCAGGUUCGACCACAACCAACAUUUUCGUCACCAAAUCUGGCGUCACCAACAGGAUCCUCGUGCGAAGACCGACCGAGCCUGGAAAAUUCGAUCCGUAG